CGCUGGUGACGUCAAAUGCAAGUUUAUAAAGUAGUUUGAUAAUGAAGUGGCGCUCAUGGCUGGCACGUGUGCUUUGCGUUUGAUGUGUGCGGUUACAUGACAGAUGACAUGGAGUUAAAUGAUAGGAACUGCCACUAUGUUGGGGCUGAUGGUUUAAGUACUACUACAUCCGUGGCAGCUGAUCCCAUGACAGAGGAGAUCCUGAGAGAUGACUUGAGGUUUUACUUCAUGAGCCCUUGUGAGAAGUACAGAGCCCGGCGACAGCUACCAUGGAAACUAGCAGUGCAAAUUUUGAAAAUAUUUAUGAUUACGCUUCAGCUCAUACUGUUUGGACUCAACAACCAGCUUGUGGUGUCCUACAAAGAGGAAAACUUAAUGGCGUUCAAGAACUUGUUUUUAAGAAACUACAAUGGUGUGGAUGAGGACGACUACAGCAUUUCUGCCUACACCCAACACAAUGUGUACGAUAGUUUAUACUAUGUCAUAGAUCAGUAUUACCAACUAGGAAACCUGUCUGUGGGUCCUGUUGGUGUUGCUGAGGAAAACGGAAAAUUUCUUCCCAUGGUCAUUUGCAAAGAAAGCUAUAAGAAAGGCAGUGUGAAACCAUCUGAAGGAUCUUACGAUAUUGAUGCACAGCUUGAAACAGUUUGUUUAACUCUGGAUCCAAAGGCCACAACAACAUGGAGAGUAAACAAUGCAUCUUUUUUUGAGCUGGACUUUUAUAGGUUGGUCGAUAUUGAGAUUACAUUUGCGCUGAGAGGAAUCAAUUUACAGACCGUCCGCUCACGCGAGCUGCCUGACUGUUACACGUUUUUUGUUAAGAUAAUUUUUGAUAACAGUUGCCAUAGCGGGAAGGUGAAAAUAACCCUGGAUUUUGACACGGUCAGUACCGUUUGCAAGAACUGGACGAUUUCAGGAACUGCUCAGAAGAAUACACAUUACCUCCUUAUGUUUGAUGGAUUGGUAAUAGUGGUCUGUUUGUUUUCUGCGGUGCUCUGCACUCGAUCCAUUGUUCUUGCUGUGAAACUUCUUCAGCGUUUUUCUAGGUUCUGUCUUGAGAAUUACAACCAGGAUGUGUGUGAAGACGACCAAAGGGAUUUCCUAAAUGGCUGGUAUAUCUUGGUUAUCAUCAGCGAUGUUCUGUCUGUCAUUGGGUCAAUACUAAAAAUGGAAAUACAAGCUAAGAGUCUGACUAACUAUGACGUAUGCAGUAUCUUUCUGGGCACAUCAACUUUAAUGGUCUGGGUGGGUGUCAUCAGAUAUCUGGGAUACUUCCAGAAAUACAAUGUGCUUAUCCUCACCAUGCGUGCAGCCUUACCAAAGGUCCUGCGUUUCUGCUGCUGUGCAGGAAUGAUCUAUCUAGGCUACACCUUCUGUGGGUGGAUUGUUUUAGGACCCUACCAUGAAAAGUUUGAAGGUCUAAGCCGUGUGGCAGAAUGUCUCUUCUCUUUGGUCAACGGGGACGACAUGUUCCCAACGUUUGCUGAAUUCAAGCAGAAGAACACAAUGGUGUGGCUGUUCAGCCGAGCUUAUCUCUACUCGUUCAUUUCCCUCUUCAUUUAUAUGGUGCUCAGUCUCUUCAUCGCCCUCAUCACCGAUGCAUAUGAAACCAUCAAGGGAUACCAAAAAACAGGCUUCCCCAUGACGGAGCUCCAUCGGUUCCUGCUGGAGCAAAAGGAGGGUUUCCCCCUCCAGGGGCAGGAUGGGGCAAGCAUGGAUACCAGAGAAACCGAAACCAGUCAGCCCUCUCUAAUGCUGUGUUGCUGCAGAAGAGUUCCCAAAGACGACACCAUCAAUUUCAUCAGCUGAACUUCACAGAUCACACGUUCAGUGUCGAAUCUGCUGAAAAGUGCAAUGGGGAGUCGUUGCAAUAUAAAUAAGAGACACAUUGUGGGACUUGUUUACUGCUCUGUGUACAUGGCUCAUAUUCCACGCAGGAUGGAAGAGCUCUCUGAGCGUGCCGACGGAAUAUUGGCAAUUUCAUUUAGACGUGCAAUGACAGAUGCCGGUAAGACCUGCAUUAGCAAAUGUAAAAUAAUGCAAAAGACCGCAGCUAAGUGCACUGCAAUGCAAUUAAGACCAAAUAAUGAAGGGUUUUGUGGAUCAAAUGGUAAGCACAGGAAAUGUUUGAAGCAUUUUAUUGCGCAGCCUGUAAGAUUAUACCUUGUCAAUUGUGGAGAAAAUAUCUUUAUUUAUUUAUUUUCUAGUCGUGAUGGAUUGUCAGUGUGUUUUAAAUUAGAGAAGCACUUAAAAUUGUAUUAGUUUUUACAUUAGCACUUAUUAUAAUGGCAUUUAAAGUGUCUGCAGCUCAGCAUUCCUAAGAUUCCUGGCGCUUAAUAUUCAAACGUGUGGCAUGCUUAGGGAAUCUUUGCUAUCUGUAUGCGCAAUGCCGGAUGCUUUUUUCACACAUAUGAGUCAACGCUUUGUGCUUUAUUCAUUCCAUCAUUUAAAAAAUAACUGGGAAGGGCGAUCAUAUGUGACAUUGUUUGUAAGAAAUUACUUUUUGGGAGAAAGACUUUGGGUGAGGCAAUAAACAUAUAUAUGUUUUUUUACCUCAAUAGGUACUUUUCUUAACCUUUAUUCAGUAGCAGGUGGUUUCUGUGAGUACAGGUUCACUUCUUCUGUUUGUAAGAACUGAAACUCAUUCAAACUAGGAACAUAUUUUGUUAUUCACCAGCAUUUAUUUACUUUAUUGAUUGAUUGCACUUAAUGUUUUUGCAUAUUUACAUGUAUACUUAAGAAUUUUAAAGAUUUGUGAAUAUUUGCAACCACAGCAAUGAAAUGUUACAAUGUAAAGAAACUUUCAGAACAACAGCAAAAAAGAAACUGUAAAUGGAGUAAAAGAAUAUAUUAAAUAAAGAGACUUGCAUAUUA